AUGUAUUUCCAUCGUUUCAACCUGAUUUCUUUACCUCUUUCCUUUCUCUUGAACUUUUCAGACGAUGCCUUCUCUCCUUAUUUCUCAGACUCACCCUUUCGAUAUUUUUCAGCUUCUCGUUAUCGCCUUUGUAACAACCACCGUCACUGCUUUCUUUCUUGCCUAUUUGAUUCAUCAGAGAAAAUACAUUUGCGUGAUAAACUAAAAUAUUUGUCUGCCUGCCUGUCUGUCUGUCUAUCUAUCUAUCUAUCUACCUACCUUAGUCUGUUCAUAACUAUCUAUCUCAGUCUGUUCAUAUCUAUCUCAGUCUGUUCAUAUCUAUCUCAGUCUGUUCAUAUCUAUCUAUCUAUCUAUCUAUCUAUCUAUCUAUCUAUCUAUCUCAGUCUGUUCCUAUCUAUCUAUCUAUCUAUCUAUCUAUCUAUCUAUCUAUCUAUCUCAGUCUGUUCAUAUCUAUCUAUCUAUCUAUCUAUCUAUCUAUCUAUCUAUCUAUCUAUCACCUGUUUAUGA